GUCAAGAUGUAGUCACCAUGGACUUCCUCAAGGGCCUCCCUGGGCCUGGAGGCUCUGACUUUUGUUCCUUCACUGACAUGGACCUCAUAGAUCUCUCAGAUUCUGACGAGAUGGCGACCACCAACGGCAAGCCCGAGACCGCCAGCGACAAAGACAAACUUCAUCCUGAAGUUCUCAAAAACCUCGAACUCCAUCAGGGCUUCAUGCGUCAAGCAAUCGAUGUUGCCGAAGAAGCUCUUCGCGGAGGUGAAACUCCGGUCGCAUGUGUGCUGGUCUACGAGGGCAAAGUCGUUGCGCGGGGCAUGAAUGACACCAACCGAUCUCUCAACGGCACGCGGCACGCGGAGUUUCUCGCCAUCGCACAAUUUCUCACCAAGAUGCCAGCAAGUAAACUCAAGGAAACGGACCUGUAUGUUACGGUUGAGCCAUGCAUUAUGUGUGCUUCAGCCUUGAGGCAAUAUGGUAUACACUGCGUCUACUUUGGCUGUGGCAAUGAUCGAUUUGGCGGAAAUGGGAGUGUGCUUCCGGUUCAUUCUGACAAGGGUCUUGAGGAGGGCUAUCCAAGCUAUGGAGGACUGUUCAGAAAGGAAGCCAUCAUGUUGCUUCGUCGGUUCUACAUUCAGGAAAACGAGAAUGCGCCGAACCCGCGUGCCAAAGGCAAUCGAGAGUUGAAGCCAGUCGUCUAAAUGGCAAAGGCACGGUCAUCAACACACUUAUCCCCAUCAGUGGGCGAUAUUGUUGAGUGAAUGGGCGGGUUUUGGUGGAUGUGAACAAGCCGUUGAAUGGGUGGCGGGUCAUACUCCUUCCCACCGUCGAAAACAGCUGAGCCUGCCUCGAAUAUGCAUCACACCGUCCGGCUAGAGGAGCUGCAGAGGAGCAUUUCGAAGAUGAGAAAGGAAGUCAAGAUGACAAAGGGUCCAUCUUAUUACAGACAUGCCGUAUGAACCAAUAUGAGACAGCCACUCACAUAUCAUCCACAAUGUUUUUACCGCGUUG